GGACACGGACGGCUUCUACUUUUCCGGGAGGUAAUUUGUUCUCUUGGGAUGGCUCUCCUCGGCGACGAUGGCCGGGGCUACGAGCUAGCUCGAAAGCUCGAGACGCUUGGCGUAUGGCGGACUUGGCUUGGAGAUCUCAAUUACUCCAUCUUCGUCCCCUUUCUCUCUUCCACUUCCACAUGGGAAACGUUCAUGCGAACCGACGAUUCAAAAUCGAGGGCUCAGAUCCAGCUACAACUCAGGGCUCGAGCCCUCCUCUUCGAUAAAGCAAGCGUCUCUCUCUUCCUGCGUUCCACUCCCUCUCCUUCUUCGCCUUCUUAUUCUACUGCAAAUCCUUUAUCCUCCUCGUCUCUGGCUAUUUCCAAGCUCAAUCCUAAUUACUUGCAGCUCCAUGGUGACGAUGUAUAUUUUACACUAGAAAAUCUUUCAAAGGACGGGGUUCAGCAGCGGGAGGGCUGUGUUCCAUCCAACAAGGCUUCCGGCAAGAUUCAGUCAAAAGCAGCUCCAAGUGCUGGGCCAAGAUCUAGAGAAUCUGAAAUUGGUGAUUCGUCCCAUAGAUUAAAAAAUGAACUUCCUGAAACUUGGUACAAUCAGUUCAUUGAGAAGUAUAGAGUCAAACAGCCAUAUCGUUUGUCGCGUGGGAACAAUAUGUCAGACAAACGAACAGCUGAGGAAAUGUCUUCUUAUCUUAGAUUACUUGAGAAACAUAAGAAAAGGCGCAUGGUCUUUAAGGACGAUCAGCUGACAAAUUUUGGAAAUUCUGUCUCAGCAAAUGCUUCAAGUUCUGUUUUUGAUUUCAGUAACUCAGUUGAAGAUGAUACUAACUUUUUCCCCGAAAUUAUGUUUACUUUUAACUGUGUGCCGGAGAGUGCACUUCCGCCUCCUGAUGACAUGAAAGACAAUAGAAAACUGGAACUUUCUGGAGUCAUUGAUACCUUGCCUCAGCCUAUGACUAGGAAUCCUGUCAUGAUGGAGAGGCUUGGUGUCAAGCCUGAUUACCGGGCGAAAAGUGGAUCCGGAGUGAGCAGGAAAAAUCUUGGUCAAGAGCAAUGUUUUCAGAUGUCUCAGAUGGUAAUAGCUCAAAUGCUGAUGAAUAUGGGGUUUGAAGGUGCCACAGAAGUUCCAUUGGAGGUUUUCUCCCAGUUCUUGAGUUGUCACAUCUGUAAACUUGGCAGUACUUUGCGAGUACUUGCAGAUAGUUACAGAAAGCAGUGUUCAGCAGUGGAUUUACUCAGGAUGUUCCUUAAAACGAUGGGAUAUAGUAAUUUUGGACCUUUGGCGGAACUUGUCAAGGAUGGUUCCAGAAAUCUAGCACGACAGACUCAGCACCAAGUUCAUGGAGUCCAACCACAAUUGCAGGCACAGCAUCCGGGCCUUCUUCAAGUUCAGCAACAAAUGCCUAGACAAAUGCAUCCCCAGAUGCAGCAGAUGGUUCAUCCCCAAAAUUUGGCAUUUCAGCAGCAGCAGCAGCAAUUAUUGCUUGAAAAGAUGCGAAGACGCCAAGCAGCAACCCCACGUGCUGCUGGUAUGGAAAUGAACAAGGACAGACCAUUGGUGCAAGUCAAGGUUGAAAAUACAGAACUGCCCAUGGAUGGUAACGCCUUAAGUGCCCUUAACGUCAGACAGCCCCAGCAGCAAAUUGCAAUGCAGUUCCGCCAGCAGCAUAUUGCAGCCAUGUCCAAUAUUCAUGCCUCGCCGGUAAAUCAGUUCAGGCAGAUGUCGUCUCUGCAAAUGCCCCAAAUCCAGUCACCGAAUCCUGGCGUCGUUAGGGCUCCACCAGUGAAGGUCGAAGGCUUCCAAGAACUGAUGGGUGGGGAUUCUUCAUCAAAACAUGAUUCAGAGGAAGCUAGAUUGACUUCGCCUUCAAGUAAAUAGUAUAGGAAACAAUUCUUUAGUGGUAUCCAUGUAAAUCUCUCUCAGUAACCCAAAAUUUUAUAUUCAAAGCAACUCUACACCCAUUAUAUUUAUGAACAAGCACGAGUCACAGAAAUGAAGAAAUGAAGAAAAUUGUAGUAGCACGAGUGUAUCAUAUUCCCUUCAUUCACACUCUAA